AUGUCACUUGUCAAUAAAAGUUUUAAAUUAGAAGAUGCAAAUACCAUUCCAGCAGUUGGUUAUGGUGUUGGUACUGCACAUUUCAAAAGAGAUCCAAAAAGUGGAGUUAAUAAAGAAUUAGUUGGAUUAAUCAGGACUGCAAUAGAAGGAGGUUUUAAGCUCAUUGAUGGUGCUAGUGUGUAUGGUACGAACAUAGAAAUUGGCCAAGCUUGGAAAGAAAGUGGAGUUGAUAGAAAAGACAUAUUCAUUUCUAAUAAAUACAAUACGAACCACGAACAUGCAAAACAUGUUAGUAUCAAAGAUCAAUUUAAAUCGGAUUUAGAAGAAUUACAAACAGAUUAUGUUGAUUUAUACCUUUUACAUUAUCCAUAUAUUAAAAAGGAAACUCAUGGUUUUAAUUUAAGUGAAGCUUGGAAAGAAUUAGAACAUCUUAGAGAUGAAGGAUUAGCAAGAAAUAUAGGAGUUUCAAAUUUUCAAAUUGAAGAUUUAGAUCAUAUUAUAAAAUCAAAUCCAAAAUAUUAUCCUCAAGUUAAUCAAAUUGAAUUUAGUGCUUAUUUACAAGAUCAAACUCCAGGAAUUGUUGAAUAUUGUCAAAAACAAUCCAUAUUAGUUGAAAGUUAUGGUCCAUUAGGUCCAAUUACAAAAGGUAAACCAGGUCCAUUAGAUCCAAUUUUAGAAAAAUUAAGUAAAAAAUAUAAUAAAACUGAAGAUCAAAUUUUAUUAAGAUGGGUUUUACAAAAAAAUGUUUUACCAAUUACUACUUCCUCAAAAGAAAAUAGAAUUAAAGCUAUUUUAGAAAUUUUUGAUUUUGAACUUGAUAAAGAGGAUGAAGAAGAAAUUACAAAAAUUGGUAAACAAAAAACAGUUAGACAAUUUUCAAAAGAAUAUUCAAAAUAUGAUUAA